AUGCACGUGAACAACGAGGACUUUCUGACUACACCCAAGCCGGAGCUCUACGUGGCAUAUGACCGGAAGCAAUGGAGUGCAAAUGUCGUGACGCUUGAAAGCUUUCAGAAGUCGUUCGGUCGGAACGAAGGAGGAGAACAGCGAUACCUCGAUCUGGGCUGUGGCGCGGGAGACUUUACACGCGAGGGCCUACUUCCCCGCUGUCUUCCGUGCCGAAGGAUUGUCGCCGUCGACGUCUCCAGGGACAUGGUGGAGUACGCGAGGAGCCACUUCGCCCAUCCCAAGAUUACAUACGACGUCCUCGACGUUGUUGCAGAUGACGUGUCCGAUUUUGUGAAGCGGCAUGGUCAGUUUGACAGUGUCUUCUCUUUCUUCUGUCUAAACUGGGUGAGGAAUCAAGAGAAGGCGCUCAAGAACAUCGCGCUGCUGAUGAAACCUGGCGGCAGCUGCCUGCUCCUCUUCUGCGCCUCUACGCCACUGAUGCAAUGCCACCAGGAGCUGGCUCGGAUGAAGCGUUGGGAGAAAUACGCGCACAUUUGCCACAACCUCAUUCCCCCGAGCCAUGACUUGGAAGGCAGUGGCGCCCUGGAAUCGUAUAUGAAGGACCUGCUGAAGAUGGCUAACCUCACGCCGUCGACUUGCAGAGUGCUUCACGAAACGUUCGACUACUCGAAUCUCGAAAGCCUCGUUCGGGCACACGUGGCCAUGAGCCCACUGACGACGCUGGUGACUGACAGAGAAAUGCCCCUGUUUCUUGAAGACGUGAAGGAGCAGGCAAGGAACCUCUGGGCAAUCAAGGAAGCCGGGGGUUCCCCGUUCCAACUCGAUGUUUUUGUGGUUUUCGCUUCGUCUAAGACUAUGUAAAACAUGAACAGCCCGAUUCGGGGUCUGCCCAAAAUAAAGUACCCUGGUUUUGUUGCUGUUACAAUUUACGAUUCAGAAAAAGUGUAAGAAAGCUCACAGGAUCUGAGGUGCUUACUUGCAAUAAAAUCGAAAUUGGUGCUGUC